AUGUACAAAAGAAUGAAACAAAAUCCCUACAUAACACUUUGUACAAACAUCUACUACAAAUGGAUCAAAGUCUUGGAUAUAAAACCAGAAACUGUCAAAUACAUGGAAGAAAACAUUGGCAGGACACUUCGCAAGAUUUGCCUUGGAAACAUCUUCAAAUGCUCAAAAACAGAUAACGUGUUUCUCUUAGCAGAUAUUUCAGUUGAUUUACUUAAUAUGAUUGACAUUCUUCUAGUAAAAACAUCUCUGGACUGUUGUUGCUGCAGCCGCAAACCACAAAAGGCCUGCAGCAGCAGCCUGGCAGAGAGCCCGCCGCCCAGCGCGCGGCACCUGGACCCGGGGAGGUGGUGGUGGGGGGGGGGGCUCGCGACCUCCGCUGUGACGUCAGCGCACCUGGCCCGGGCGGGCGGGCGGAGCGCGGCGGCUCAGGGGGGCGGGGCGUACGAGCGCGUCUCUUCUCGCGAGAUCUGCCGGACUCUGGCUCGCCCCCCGGCCCGGUCCCGGCGUCAGUCCGCCGCGGGGCUCGGCGUGGCGUCUGCGAGCGGCCGCGCGGAGGCAGCGGCGAGGGGGCGGCUUCCCGGGGCUCCCGCCGGCUCUCCGGGUUCGAGCCUGCCGCCACGGAGCACGGGCAGCUCCCGCCUCCCCGCUCAGCCCCCGAGGGAGCCCCCGGCGGUGAGACGGUCGCCGCCCGGAGCCUGGAGCCGCGGGGGCCCGGCGGGAGGAGGAGCCGCGGCCGCCGCCUGUUCGUCGCGGGACCGGCCGGCGGGGCGGCCGCGGGCGGAUGGGGGCGACUCUCCGCCCCGCCUGAGCGCCGGAGCGGCCGCGACUCGGGCGCCGCCUGCAGCCGGAGCGGAGCGGGGGCGGCGGAGCGGAGCGGCGGGCGCGGGGCUGGUCGGCGCGGGAGCCCCCAGCAUGGUUGACUAUAUUGUGGAAUAUGACUAUGAUGCUGUGCAUGACGAUGAGUUGACUAUUCGUGUUGGGGAGACCAUCAGGAACGUGAGAACACUUCAGGAAGAAGGAUGGCUCGAAGGAGAACUAAAUGGAAGAAGAGGAAUGUUUCCUGAUAACUUUGUUAAGGAAAUUAAGAGAGAGCCAGAAUCCAAGGAUAGCAAUUUGCCCAUCAAGAGGGAACGGCACGGGAAUGUAGCAAGUCUUGUGCAGCGAAUAAGCACCUAUGGACUUCCAGCUGGAGGGAUUCAGCCACACCCGCAAACCAAAACCAUUAAGAAGAAAAACAAGAAGCGUCAAUGUAAAGUUCUCUUUGAGUACAGCCCACAGUAUGAGGAUGAACUGGAACUCAAAGUAGGAGAUAUCAUUGAUAUUAAUGACGAGGUAAGAAAAACAUGAAGUAGCUGACUCCUCAAAAAAAAA